AUGGCUGCCAAACCCAAACCUGGAACUGUGCGCGUUGCUGUAGUACAGGCCGAAGGCUGCUACUUUGGCCUGCCUGCUGCCGUGCAGAAGACCUGCGAUCUGAGAGUCGAGGCUGCUGGGAAAGGCUGUGACUUGGUCGCCAUCCCGGAAGUCUGGAUCCCCCAAUAUCCAGGCUGGAUCUGGCAACGACCCAUCAACGACAGCGCAGAAAUUCAUCCGAGCAUGCUCGGAUGUCGUAGCAUUGUAUACGGCUUUCACGUACGGCUCCUUGAAUUCGUCGCCGAGACCAUUCAUUAG